UGUCUACCAAAUUGUGAGAGGGUCCCGGGGUUAGUCAUUGUGUGUUAAGGAAAAACUCAUCCGCGAUUUUACAACAUCGAAUUAGGUGUCGUUGGAGCAGGCCCGCUGGUCGAAUUCAUAAAAGAACCGUAGUUACGGAGAAACAGAUUCGGGAUCUGUGAAGUGUCUACAUGGCAGUCAGAAGGGGACACAUUAGAUACUUAAAAGUUUGCGAGGUUCAGAGCUGCCAGGGUAAUGAAAACAGGGAGGCACAACAGCACGGCAGUAAGGGUGCCGGUUCACUGAAGGAAGUUUAUGACAUGUCUAACGGUUACGAAGACCACAUGGCAGAUGAACCAAAGGAUGCCAAAACGAACCUGAUCGUCAAUUACCUCCCUCAGAACAUGACCCAGGACGAGCUCCGCAGUCUGUUCAGCAGCAUUGGGGAGGUGGAGUCUGCCAAACUCAUCCGCGAUAAAGUGGCAGGUAAUCCUUAUCACAGAAACCAGAGCCACAGUUUAGGGUACGGAUUUGUUAACUAUGUUAACCCUAGUGAUGCAGAAAGGGCAAUCAAUACACUCAAUGGGCUGAGACUACAGUCUAAAACUAUCAAGGUGUCCUAUGCACGGCCGAGCUCUGACACCAUUAAGGAUGCUAACCUGUACAUUAGCGGGCUGCCCAAGACCAUGACACAGAAAGAUGUGGAGGACAUGUUCUCGCGCUAUGGCCGCAUUAUUAACUCGCGUGUGCUCGUCGAUCAGGCAUCAGGUUUGUCCAGGGGUGUAGCCUUUAUUCGCUUUGACAAGAGGGCAGAGGCAGAAGAUGCCAUCAAAGAUCUAAACGGUCAGAAGCCACCUGGUGCCUCAGAGCCCAUCACAGUGAAGUUUGCCGCCAAUCCCAACCAGGCAAAAAAUUCCCAGCUUCUGUCCCAGCUCUACCAUUCACAGUCCCGCCGCUUCGGGGGCCCUGUCCAUCACCAAGCGCAGAGGUUCAGGUUCUCUCCAAUGAGUGUGGACCACAUGAGUGGCCUCUCCGGAGUUAACGUGCCCGGCAGCUCCACCUCGGGCUGGUGCAUCUUCAUCUACAACCUGGGCCAGGAUGCAGACGAGGGCAUUCUGUGGCAGAUGUUUGGCCCUUUCGGAGCCGUCACCAACGUCAAAGUCAUCCGCGACUUCAACACCAACAAGUGCAAAGGGUUCGGAUUCGUCACCAUGACUAACUACGAAGAGGCCGCCAUGGCCAUCGCCAGCCUCAAUGGCUAUCGCCUUGGGGACAAAAUCUUACAGGUGUCAUUCAAAACCAGCAAGUCUCACAAAUAAGUUCGAGAGAGAGAGAGAGAGAAAAUUACUUCCUCUCAAAUUUUGUACAGGAAAGAAAAGAUGGAGAGAAUUGACACAUUGAAAAAGGCUAAUUCUUUUUGUUAGUGUAAUAUCAGUUCUGCACCAGUUUUUACUUUUUCUUUGUCCUUAGUCUUUAAGAGUAGAACAUUUUCAUGCUCCGGGAUGGAACGAACAUGCUCAAUGUUUUUCUUUUCUUUUCUUUUUUUUUCUUUUUCAUCUCAAUCUUUUGACCAAUUCUGAGUUUAAAAAUUGAUAUCUCUGUAUGGAUUGUAUACACUUGGUAAUGUCAUUGUGCCAUAUGCAUGGUUU